GGCGCCGCUGAUUGGACGGCCUUCGGUCGGCAGGGGGGGGGGAAGGUUGGAGCAGCAGGAAGAUGGCGGGGAUUAAAGCUCUGGUUGGUUUAUCCUUCAGUGGUGCCAUUGGCCUGACUUUUCUCAUGUUAGGAUGUGCUCUUGAACAAUAUGGAGUUUACUGGCCACUGUUUGUGCUGAUAUUUUACGUCAUGUCACCUAUCCCGAACUUUAUUGCACGAAGAUUGGGUGAUGACACGGAUGCAGCAAGCAGUGCCUGUCGUGAGCUUGCGUAUUUUUUCACCACGGGGAUCGUUGUUUCUGCCUUUGGGCUCCCGGUAAUUCUUGCUCGAGUGUCAGUGAUCCAGUGGGGAGCCUGUGGACUCGUGCUGGCAGGCAAUGCUGUAAUCUUUUUCACUAUUUUGGGCUUUUUCCUAGUGUUUGGUAGAGGGGAUGACUUUAGUUGGGAGCAGUGGUAGUGUUGAGAUGGACCCUGGAUAUGAUGACCCUUUGAUUGGCAUUGAAGCUGAACUUGCUGAGACUCCCAACUUUAAAGUACAGUGUACACUAUCUGCAAGUAUAACAUUGAAAAGUAGCUAAUCAUUAAGACCCAAAAUCCAUUAAUGUGCUUAAUUUAGUGAGUUCACACCCUAGCGUUUUACUAAGCUGUCUAAUACCCAAAAUGGCAAUUUUUCGUAAAGAAAAAGAGGGUCCCUGCAUACAUUUACUCAUGUGGACCAAUAAACAGAAUGAAUUAUAGGUUGCCAUCUACUCAGUUGAGAGAAGAAAAUACUACUUGGCGCCUUGAAACUUGCAUCAGAUUUUUUGUUAAUGCACCUUAUAAAUAAAACAAAAACUAACAGAAACGUUCUGGUGUGAUGAGUACAUGGUUAUGUCAAUUGUAAUUGACUUUGGAUUUAUCAUUUUCUCUCCUUUGGAGGUACAGGAAGAUAUAAAUCUGUCAAGUAGUUAGUUAUUUAUCUUGCCUCACUAGGAAGAUGACCAUAACUAUUGACAUGGACUUUAGCUUGGUGUCAGAACUUUUUAAAGUGCAUCUUACCAACUAUAUAUUUGUUCCUAUGAAUAAAAUGCCAUAAUUUACUCCUUUAGAAGUCUCAGUCUUUGCCAUUUUGUUAUGCUUGCACAGAUUCAUAAAGAGCCAGAUUGUAUUAUUUAAAAUGCAAAGUAUUUAAGAUCUUCAGGAUCUUUUUCUUUGAGAAUCUUUGUGCAAGUCAAAGGGUUUGAAUUGUUAAGCAACAGUAGCACUACACAAAAUCUUGACAACUUUUGUAUUGUAAUAAAUGUUCUUCCCUUUCUAAUACCUACGGGCUCAUAUUUUGAUUGUCUCCAUGAGGAAUAUACUGUGCCCAGUUCAAACAGACUUGAAAUGUAAAUGUCUGGAAAGUAGUUGAUGGGAUAAUGGCAAAUUGCCUAUUUGUCAAUAAUAAUAUGACAGUAAAUUACAGAUGGACAUGCUGGUUAUUGUGUACUCCGAGAUGGGUUUAAUUUCAUCAUUAAACCAGGCCCAAAGGUCCAUGUAUAAACGCAACAUUAAAUGCCAUACUAAUUUGUUGCAUCUAAUUGCUACUAUGCUUUACCUAUUGGUGUUGAUAACAUUUAUUGGUGGGGUUUUUUUCAUAUGGAACCAAGUAUAUGAAAUACAUUAAAUUUAAAUCAUGUGACCAUC